CCGUCAGUUACAUUUGACAACUGGCACGCGGCUUCGGGGGAAAAAAGAUGCUGAGCGGCACAAAAUAUUGAAAUUGGACGCUUUUCAAGGAAAACCCCAUUCAAUUUAGGCGCGCCACCGUAGUGUGAGUGCGUUCGUUUCUCGGUGCGUCGGAUUUUGGGCGGCUGGUCGAAAGAAAGCGUGCAUUUGAACUCGGAUUGAAAGAAAUUUGGAGCUGAAAGCGGGCGGCGUUUAUCGUUUGUGUGUAUCGGCGUAGCAUCGGUGCAGGUAGACCACCGGCCAGUAGCAUGGCGGACGGUAGACGGGAGCCGCCCCAGUAUGGGCGCGAUCGAAUCCGCGGCUCGCUCGGAUCCAACUCACCGUACGAAGGGGGUCGUGGCGGUGGCCACCCAUCGAUGCGUGGCGGUUAUCCACCCCACGGUGGUCCUGGUGGCGCUGGUGGUGGUGCCUCAUAUCAAACUCAAGAGCGUCGCCCGACAUGGCGCAAUCCUUCGCCCGGUCCGAGCGAAAGUCGCGACGCCGUACCGAGCACAUCGGCCGCCGUUUCGACGCCGGCAUUCAGCACAAACGUCCACGAACCACCACCGCAGCCACAGCCGAGCAGCAGCGGGCUGGGCAACAUCGGGCGCCCACUGCAUCGAGCGGCCGGACCACGCCGACGUCCGCUAGCCGACACGCUGCGUACCCGCGGGCCGGAUGCACCCUCCAAACACGGCACCACCGGACAGCCGCUGCAGCUGCAGUCGAACUACUUCAAGCUGCUGAAGCGCGUCGACUGGACACUCUACCACUACCAGGUGGAAAUGGUCCCACCGUGCGCCAGUCCGCGCCUGAUGCAGUCGCUCGUAAACGAGCACAAAAAGCUGCUCGGUGGGUUCGUGUUCGACGGGGUGCAGCUCUUCACCGCCUGCAAGCUGUCGAACGAUGAGCUGGUGCUGCACUCCCAGCACGACCGCACCGGCGACAAGUACGAGCUGCACAUCCAGCGGGUGGCCGUCGUCGACAUGACGGACGAGACGGGCAUCCAGGUGCUGAAUCUGAUCCUGCGCCGGGCAAUGAACGGGCUCAACCUGCAGCUGGUCGGGCGCAAUCUGUACGAUGCGGCGGCCAAGAUCCCGAUCCGCGAGUACCACAUCGAGCUGUGGCCCGGGUACAUCACGAGCAUCCGGCAGCACGAGAACGAGGUGCUGGUGUGCUGCGAAAUCGCCCACAAGACGAUGCGCAUGCAGACGUGCUACGACAUUUUGCGCGAGUGUCAGCGGCACGAUCGCAACUUCAAGGAUGCGUUCCGGCGGGCGGUGAUCGGGUGCGUGGUGCUGACCGGGUACAACAACAAAACGUACACGAUUCACGACGUUACGUUCGAGACGACGCCGGAAAGUACGUUCGACACGAAGAAUGGGAAGAUUUCCUUCCUGGACUACUACAAGAACAAGUACAACUUGCGCAUCCGCGACUCGUACCAGCCGAUGUUGCUGUCCCGGGCGAAGAAGAAGGACACGCGGUCGGGCGACAGUGAGCUGAUGGCACUGGUGCCGGAGCUGUGCCAGAUGACGGGGCUGACCGAUUCGAUGCGCUCCGAUUUCAAAAUGAUGCGAGCGAUGGCGGAUCAUACGCGCCUCAAUCCGGACCGGCGUAUCGAACGGCUGGAAACGUUCAACCGGCGCCUGCAAACCUCCCCCGAAAGCCAAGAAGUGUUCAAGGUGUGGCAGAUGGAGCUGGAUCGCCGUCUGGUCGAGCUGCCGGGACGGUUGCUGCCGCAGGAGAUGAUUUUCUUUUCCACUACCUCGAAUGGUGUUCAGGCGGGUGAGAAUGCGGACUGGACGGCACACUUCCGCGACAAUCCGAUGUUUGCGACGGUCCGGCUGAGCCGCUGGUAUCUGAUCGUGCCGAGCCGGUGCCAGCGGGAGGCGGGCGACUUCCUCAACUGCAUGAUCACGGCCGCCCGCGGCAUGCGGUUCGAAAUUAGCAACUGCGAGAUGGUCCCCAUGCCGGACGACAGCCCCGGCACGUACAUACGCACGCUGGACGCAAUCAUCAACCGGGAUCCGCAGAUGAUCAUGUGCGUGGUGUCGAACAGCAAGUCGGACCGGUACACCGCCAUCAAGAAGAAGUGCUGCGUGGAGCGGGCCAUCCCGACGCAGAUCAUGGUGCAGAAAACGAUCACGCCGAAGAGUGGCAACGUGCGCACGCUCAUGUCGGUCGCGACCAAGGUCGUCAUCCAGAUGAACUGCAAGCUGGGCGGUGUGCCGUGGAAGGUGAAGAUUCCGCUGAACGGGCUGAUGACGAUCGGGUUCGACGUGUGUCACGAUUCGAAGGACAAGAGCAAAUCGUUCGGUGCGAUGGUGGCGACGCUGGAUCACGACAACCGCGGCACGCCCAAAUUCUUCUCCACCGUCAGCCACCACUCGAGCGGGGAGGAAAUUUCCAACUAUCUGCCGCUCAACACGGUCAAGGCGCUGAACGAGUAUCGGCGCGAGUUUGGCGAGCUACCGAAGCGUAUUAUCUUCUACCGGGACGGUGUGAGCGACGGGCAGCUGCAGUACAUCUACGACCACGAGGUGCGGUCGCUGGUAGAGAAGCUGGGCCAGAUCUACAAGUCGGCCGGCAUCGAGCAGGACGUGCUGCUGACGUUCUUCAUCGUGAACAAGCGCAUCAACACGCGGUUCUUCGACCAUCGGCUGAACCCGCGCCCGGGCACGGUGGUGGAUAAUGUAGUGACUCUACCGCAGCGCACCGAUUUCUACCUCGUCUCCCAGUCGGUGAAGCAGGGCACGGUAUCGCCCACCGCGUACAACGUCAUCUACGACACGUCCGGGCUGAAGAUCGACCACCUGCAGAUGCUGUCGUACAAACAGUGCCACCUGUACUACAACUGGUCCGGCACGACCCGGGUGCCGGCGGUGUGCCAGUACGCGCACAAGCUAUCGUUCCUAGUAGGCCAGUAUCUGCACCAGACGCCAAGCAACAUGCUCGAAAAGAAGCUCUAUUUCCUGUAGAUGGGUGUGUGAGUGUGAGCGUGUGAGUGCACGAGAAUGUAGUUGAGUAGGCGCGCAAGCAGCUCGCCGUUGUUUGUGACUUGGCAAAGCGCAUGGAGGUCGGGGGGGGGGGGGGCGCAUCUUCAUAACCUUUCUUCUCUUCUUUGCGUUACCCCUUGCUAUCGGGAAAGCAAAUUUAGGACUCAGUUUUAUUUCUUUUCUUCAACUAAACGACGCCGUGAAAUAUUGGGGGGCAUGCAAAGGCAUCCCACAGUGCAGCGAAAGAAGGGUAGUUAACUUUUAGGAACUCUUAGAUAUGGAAAUGUGAACUUUCCGGAAGGCAUUUCCGGACGAAAUUGCAAUCGAAUCGGAGAGCGCAAGAAACGUCAUGGAGAUUACAGUCUUUGCGCGAGCGCGGCUUAAAACCCCCUCUUUAGUAUGUAUAAAUAGGCAGGAGAGUUAGUGCCGAAGCGAACUAGAAUCAAUCGAAUGUGAAUUAAACAGAGCGGUGAGUUUACAAGUGAAGGCGAGGGACACAGGAAAGAGUAUAUAUUCCUUUAUCGUUUAUUGAAUUAAUUCUUUGUUCGAGAAUUAUCCCCCUUUAGCUUUGUGGUGUCCUACACACGCCUCUACAGAGUUAACAAUUGGUCUACCUUGCACUAAUUGAUUUUUUUUGCAUAUGUUUAGAGUUUCAACGUUUGUUUUUUCUUCUUCUGUUCAUCUAUUUCUCUACAAAAAACAACAUCUGCCGUAGAUGCACGUUCAUACUAAUAGGCCAACCGUAUAUAUUGUUGAUGGAAGCAACUCUCUAUCAGGUGUACGGGUUCCGGAUGAGGGAAAAGAGGGAGCAGGGUGGACGAAUACACUUCCCACACCCACACACACACGCGCUCGCGCGCUCGCCGCCUGUCCUUUCCCGCUUUAUAUAAAAACAAAACUGUAAAACAAAAUUUUGAAGAAUCGAAGAAAACCAAUGGAAAUCAAAAACACA